UGGACAGGCUGAGGUUUUAUUUUAGAGUCACUGGCGCGUGGCUGCGCUUUCCUUUCCCGUUUGUAGGUGAAACCCCAUUGGCUUCAUUGGCUCCUUCAUUUAAACCACGCCCGGCUUUCUGCCCGUUUCGCUGCUGCCUGGCCCGGCCGCCCAGCCGCAUCCCAGACCUGUUCGCAGGGAGCCCGGGCGCUGUUGCGGCUGCUAUUGUGUGGAUGCCGCGCGUGUCCUCUCUUCUCUUCCAGAGAUGGCUAACAGGGGCCCCAGUUAUGGCUUAAGCCGAGAGGUACAGGAGAAAAUCGAGCAGAAGUACGACGCGGACCUGGAGAACAAGCUGGUGGACUGGAUCAUCCUGCAGUGCGCCGAGGACAUAGAGCACCCGCCCCCCGGCAGGACCCAUUUUCAGAAAUGGUUAAUGGACGGGACGGUCCUGUGCAAGCUGAUAAACAGUUUAUAUCCACCAGGACAAGAGCCCAUCCCUAAGAUCUCAGAGUCAAAGAUGGCUUUUAAGCAGAUGGAGCAAAUCUCCCAGUUCCUAAAAGCUGCGGAGAUCUAUGGCGUCAGGACCACUGACAUUUUUCAGACGGUGGAUCUAUGGGAAGGGAAGGACAUGGCAGCUGUGCAGAGGACCCUGAUGGCUCUAGGCAGUGUUGCAGUCACCAAGGAUGAUGGCUGCUACCGGGGAGAGCCAUCCUGGUUCCACAGGAAAGCUCAGCAGAAUCGAAGAGGAUUUUCAGAGGAGCAGCUUCGCCAGGGGCAGAACGUAAUUGGCCUGCAGAUGGGUAGCAACAAGGGAGCCUCCCAGGCAGGCAUGACUGGGUAUGGGAUGCCCAGGCAGAUCAUGUAAGGUGCCGCAUCCUGCCCCCCGUAGAGAGGACCAAUGUUCCACCCCACAGUCUCUAUGAAAAAGAAAUAGGUAGUCAGUCACCUUCUGACCUUCUCCUCUUUCUCAAAGCCUCCUCUCCCUGGUUUCUGCAAGUGCUGCAUUUCUGCUGAGAAUCCACGUUGCCUACUGCUGCCACCUUCUGUUCUUUUAGAACUAUGCAAGGACUUCGCUUCCUUCCUCUUACUGAGCUCUUUCUGUGCCCUGAAGUCCCCAUUUGAUUAUUUAUUUAUUUAUUUGCCAAAAAUCUCCCUGGUCAACUUAUAGAACACACCUAAUAAACAAAUUAGUCUUGUGUCUUAA